UUACAGGCUAUUGCGUAAUUCAGAGAGAAGAUGUGAAAGAGGAGAGACUCUGCCACUACUCCUUAACCUUGGUGAUGACUUGGUGAGGUACCAGCAUCCACCAUCAAAUGUCAUCUUGUCUUAGUGCUGUUGCUCGUGCACACACUGCCCCCUGCUGGUGCCUGGUAGUGUAGCGCACACACUGCCCCCUGCUGGUGCCUAGUAGUAAAGUGCACACAACAGUUAUAACAGUUAAAAACACGAGUCAGAUGUCUUUGCUCCCAAUCUCUGGAACAAUCUUCCCCUGAGUCUGAGAACUGCCCAGUCUAUUGACCAGUUUAAAACGCUACUAAAGACUCACUUUUUUGCAUUGGCCUUUAACUUAAAUUAAGCUUUUUUUUUAUUUGCUUUGUUGUUGUUGUUGUUGUUGUUUUGCUGUUGUUGUGUAUCUUAGGCCUAUUUGUUGUUUUGCAUUGUAUUUUUGCACAGCACUUUGGUCAAAUAUUGUUGUUUUUAAAUGUUCCAUAUAAAUAAACUUGACUUGACUUGACUUUGCUCUGUUUUGACCUAAAUAACUCCUCUGAAUCUGGCUAAGACAGGUAAACUACAGUUGACAGAUAUCUGGACCAAUCCCUAUAAUGAAACGGACUGUGUCAUCUGCAUCCAUCUGAUACCUGUCUGCUCAGGAGCACCUUGUGGUUUAAAGGGUCAAACGCCUCAUUAAGUUCCAGGAACAUCUGGGCAACACUUGCUGUUUUCAGUGAGAUGGCAGUGGACCAUUUUGUACUUUGGUACUUUUGUCAGGUCUUUGGCCUGCAUCAAAACUGAUUAGGGUGAAUUGGUUCCUUGCUUUCACGGUAGUCAACCAGUUCUCUCACUUUUGUCAUUUUGUCGCCCUUUUUGAACCUGAUGGAUAGUUUACUGCUUGGUUUGGUUUUCCAGCCGGUUAAGUUGGCUUAUAUUCCAAUUCGGUGGACAUUGACAAUCUCUGAUGGGUAAGAGUUCCGCAUUAAUUAGAGGUUGAAUCAGGGUGGAACUAGUUUUUUUAAUAAGAGUAGUAUCCUCGAAGGCUUUGCUAGUCUCUUUACCCUCUCAAAAGGAGUGGACUCUCUGAAAGGUUCCUCGUGUGUUCCUCAGACCGCCAGGACCUGGAGGAGCCGUCCAAGGUGGACCAGCUGCAGGAGCCGCUGCUGGAGGCCCUGAAGAUCUACGUGAGGAAGCGGCGGCCCACCAAACCCCACAUGUUCCCCAAGACCCUGAUGAAGAUCACCGACCUGCGCAGCAUCAGCGCUAAAGGGGCCGAGCGGGUCAUCUCGCUGAAGAUGGAGAUCCCAGGCUCCAUGCCCCCGCUCAUCCAGGAGAUGCUGGAGAACUCGGAGGGCCAGGACAGCAGCAGCAGCAGCAGCAGCAGUGGAGGAGGAGGAGGAGGAGGAGGAGGAGGAGGGGAGGGCGAAGGUGGAUCGGAGGCGGGGUCACCGCGGGAGGCAGAUAGCUCCGACACCACCACCACCACCUGCACCCGCUCCACCUCCACCUCCACCUGCAGCAGCAGCAGCAGCAAGAGCAGCCCCAAGAAGGAGGAGGAGGAGGAGGAGGAGGAGGAGGUGGCGGAGGGGGACAGCAGCAGGGAGGGGCCCUGCUCCCAUGACGACGCUUCAGACACUGAGGGUGGUGGCAGGGGCCCGGAGUGACGGAGGGAGGGCUCCUGUAUGGAGGAGGGGUGGGGGAGGGGAACAACUGACCCUAACAUGGCGACACAGGAUGAGACUGAAUGGACCAAGACGGACGCGGAGACACGUGGACCCCCCCCCUGAGAGCCCUUACCGCACCUUUAUUCCUCUCUCUUCCCCCCCCCCCCCCCGCU